AUUUUGUAAAACCAGUUGCAUUAAGUUAAAAAUAAAAAACAAAUUAGAAGACAAAAGCCGAGAUUAACAUGUCCACCACCAAUGAAAUAGAAAUAUUACUGAAAAAAGCCGUAACACUACUACAUUCCUCACAUGCCAAUUCAGCGACUGAAUUGCGUCUACUCCUGGAUGAGGAAAUAAAAAAACGCUAUGGCACGGAAAAAACCAUUACGAAUAGUUUGAGUAAAAAACAAAUGGAGGAUGAAGUAAAUUUUCCAGGAAGAGCGGCUACACCACCACCACAACCCGUUGAGUCAGAGGAGGUUAUAAACCUUAUACAUUCGCCGGCUAAAACAAUAUCGGAUUCGCCAGAUACCAUAGCCGAUUCAGAUGAUGGUAUCAGCGGUGCAGGAGGUUUACUAUCGACAACGGCUGAAGAAGAAACCAAUCUUAAGGAAUUCGGUGAUUUAAAUUGUUGCGUAUGUGGCGAAAUUAGAUUUACCGCCACAAAUCGCUUAAUCGAAUGUUCAAAGUGUGGAGCUCUGUAUCAUCAAGAGUGUCACAAGCCACCAAUAACCGAUGACGAAGCCUCUGAAGAACAGGGACAUACAUGGCAGUGUGAUAAUUGCAUUGGCAAGCCUAUAACAACCACAACAAAACUAAGCGGCAGUUGUGCUUCAGGACUUGUCGUUAUACCGGAUGAACCAAUGCCUUUAAUUACUACCUCCUCAGUUGCUUCUAUAAAAUCGAAAUCAUCGGCUACUUCUUCGCGAUCAUCAUCAUCGUCGAAUUCUUCUUCCCCGUAUCAUAAAAUGGAACAAGUCCAAUUAGUAAAUUCUGUUGUUGCUGGCAAAGCUUCCUCGAAGACGCAUCGGGAAGAGCGUUCAUCAUCGGGAAGCAGUAAGGUGACGUCUAUAAAUUCAUCUAUAACUUCAGCAAAGAAGCAUUCCUCGUCAUCAACAUCAGGUAAAUCGAAAUCAUCUUCUAAACAUCAUGAUAGCAAAAGAAAAUCAAAUAAAUAAAAUUCUAACAAAUAAACGUUAUUUAUAUAUUUUACAAAAA